AUGGCCAUAAGUCUGCGUACAUCCGUGCACACACACAUACAAAUAGCAACACGUGUGGGGAACAUACCAGAUUCAGAGCUCAGCAGGAAGUGGGACCGGCACACAGCAGAUGCAGUCGUGAAAAAAAUGUGGCCAAUAGUCUUUGGUUCUGGCAUGGGAUUGGGAAUGGCCUACUCCAAGUGUUGGCAUGAUUUCCAGGCUCCAUAUCUUCUACAUGGAAAAUUUGUCAGGGAGCAGGAACAGUGA